UGCCACCAUUGCUGUUGUCAUUCCUGUCUGAUAAUAUCCGGUGAGUCCUGAGAAACUCCGGGAGAGGAGUGUCAUUUCCCGGGGUGUCCAUGAGAAGACCCCCAGAUGUCAAAGUGCUGAAGUAGAGCGGAAGAGGAGGCCACUUGAAGAGGAAUCGCCUCAUCACUUUUGCUUUUGGUGCCGAACAGAAAAUCCGCAAACCCGCUGUAAUCGGUAUUUGCAUUCGUAAAACAAUAAAGGCAUGGGUUUUUUCAAAUGGCGAAUAUGGAAGCCAGUGGAUCGGAUGAUGUUGAAAAACUGAAAUCCAAAUUCUUAUCAGCUUGGAAUAAUAUGAAAUACAGCUGGGUUCUUAAAACAAAAACCUAUUUUAGACGGAAUUCUCCUGUCUUUCUUCUCGGCAAAUGCUACCACUUCAAGGGUGAAGAAUCCAGCGAAUCUUCACCUGAAGGCUCAGACUCUGGCUCCAUAAACAGUGAAGACAACUGGGGGAAUGUAGAAGAGUUUAGGAAAGACUUUAUUUCCAGGAUAUGGCUGACUUACCGCCAAGAAUUCCCCCCAUUAGAAGAAUCAGUGUGGACGACUGACUGCGGUUGGGGCUGCACUUUGAGAACUGGUCAGAUGUUGCUGGCACAAGGAUUACUCCUUCAUUUCCUAGGAAGAGACUGGAUCUGGCCAAACUCCAUGGACUUUGUCAAUGCUGACCCUUUCUCUUUGUUUUCAAACACAUCUCAGAGACUUGCUGCUACUUUUGAAACCUCUUUGCCUGAAACUAGAGACACUCUCUCAUCUUACAAGCCAUUAACAAACAAGAAUGUUAAUGUAGAUACUACUGAGUUCUAUCACAGGAAAAUAGUCUCAUGGUUUGCCGACUGUCCAACGGCGUACUUUGGUAUCCAUAAAUUAGUUCAACUUGGUAAGAAUUCCGGUAAAGUGGCUGGAGACUGGUAUGGACCAGCAGUGGUCUCUCAUCUCCUGAGGAAAGCCAUUGAAGAAAGCCCUGAUCCUGAGCUGAAAGGAAUUUCAGUUUAUGUUGCUCAAGAUUGCACAAUUUAUACAGGUGAUGUCUGUGACCAACUACAAGGCUUGGACGGGGACAGGGCCAUUUUAAUACUGGUCCCUGUGAGACUUGGCGGCGAAAGAACAAAUGUUCAAUACUUUGAUUUUGUAAAGGGUAUCCUAAGCCUCGAGUAUUCUGUUGGAAUUAUUGGUGGCAAACCCAAGCAAUCCUAUUACUUUGUAGGGUUUCAAGAUGACAGUUUGAUUUACAUGGAUCCUCAUUACUGCCAAUCUUUUGUAGAUGUCAGCAUAACAGAUUUCCCACUCGAGUCAUUCCAUUGCCCUUCCCCGAAGAAGAUGUCUUUUAAGAAGAUGGAUCCAAGUUGCACAAUCGGAUUUUAUUGCAGGAACACCAAGGACUUCGAGAAAGUCACAGAAGAACUUGCAAAGGUACUGAAAUCUGCAACCAGGCCAAAUUAUCCUUUAUUUACCUUUGUAAAUGGCCGUGCUCGGGAUUUUGAUCUUGUCUGCUCUCCCGUCUACGAACAAAAUGACCUUUUCACUGACGACGAAAAUAAAAGAUUAAAAAGAUUUAGCACGGAGGAGUUUGUCUUGCUCUAAAGACUUUUCUUGCACAAUGACCUGGCAGUUCCCUACUGCACAUCUGUCCUUACUACAAAAUAACACUAAACGUUUUAUAUACAUUUUUUUUAUUUAAUGUUUUAAGGUUUUUAAAUGCAUUUGUUGGGCCUUUUUAACAUGUUUGAGAUUUGUAACGUUGGAAUAAUGGCAAUGUACUAACUAUGAGUUUCCACUCCUACAUUCAGUGUGGGCGAGGGUGACUUUAAACGACCAAGCAGAGAAGCUUCACUGUGACAUGUAAACCGCAUCCAUAUAGGCUGUUUGCAUUCAAAUCGUUUGUAAAAGUUGUCCAACUUUCCACAAACAAUUGCAACGCACAAAAUAAAGUUGUUGUAGUUUGGUA